UUAUCUCUAGUGACCCACUUCUCCAUUGUUCUGACGGCCAAAGACUUCAACCCAGAGAAAUAUGCAGCCUUCACUAGGAUACUGUGCAGAAUCUACUUGAAGCAUGGAAGUCCAGUUAAAAUGAUGGAGAGUUACAUUGCAGUCCUUACAAAGGGGAUCUGCCAAAGUGAAGAAAAUGGAUCUUUCCUCAGCAAAGAUUUUGAUGCUCGGAAGGCUUAUCUUGCUGGUUCCAUCAAAGAUAUAGUUUCUCAGUUUGGAAUGGAAACGGUUAUCUUAUAUACAGCACUGAUGUUAAAGAAGAGAAUUGUAGUGUACCAUCCUAGAAUAGAAGCUGUCCAGGAAUUUACCAGGACUUUGCCUGCUUUAGUGUGGCAUCGACAAGACUGGUCAAUUCUUCAUUCGUAUGUACAUCUAAAUGAGGAGGAAGUGGAAGCCUUAAAAGCCUGCACAGGUUACAUUGCUGGAUUUACAGAUUCUGAAGUGAACAGUAGACCAGACCUCUACGAUGUGUAUGUGAAUUUGGCUGAUAGUGAGAUCACUGUUUCCCCUGUAGUAAAAGAGGCAAUGACAAUGGGAAAACUUCACAAAGAAAUUGGACAACUAAUUGUUCAGUCUGCAGAAGAUCCAGAUAAAUCAGACAGCCAAGUCAUUAAGGAUAUUUCUCUGAAGACAAAAGAAAUCUUGGCUACUUUAGCCUCACUUACCGAAGUUUCCGAUGGCAAUGAAAAACCAACCCUUAAUUCUGAGGCCCUGAAACAAAAGCGAUUUCCACCAGCUACAGAAAACUUUCUUUUUCAUUUAGCAGCUGCUGAACAAAUGCUCAAAAUCUGAUUUUGAUGCACUGCAGUUUUAUGGACCAAUUAAAAAAAUACUGUCUUUUCCAUACAGAUAGGUAUACCUGAUAUUUUAUGUGGAAAAAUUAAAGGUAUAAAUGUCAUAUUUA